CCGGACCGGACCAGACAGGCAGGCUGGGGACUCAGUCGAGUGCGUGCUGCCGAGCAGACAGGUUGUGUGUGUUGUCCAGAGCGACCUCAGUGAGUGCAGCGAGUGCAACGAGUGUGUGCCAGUGAGUGAGCAAGUGAGUGACCCGCGAGUGAUAUGUGCCUUUGAUUCCGGCUAUUCGGAUCAUGAUGCCUCUUGCUCCGGAGAGAAGUACCAUGUGCGUCCCCGCCAAGCCCAAGGCUGACUUCAGCAUCGACUUCAUCGUCGGCAACAACAACAACAAUAACAACACGAAGAAGGAGAACAACAAUGUGGUGCGGAGGGGCUCGCCGAGCUCGCCGCUGAGCGCGCGCCAGGCCACGCCACCGCACCCGUACGCCAGGUCGACCACCUCGCCGCCGUCCGGGUCGCCGCUGUCGCCCGCCUCCCGGACGACGGACUCCACCCUGGACGAGGAGGACGAGAUGCGCGCCCGGCUGCUGAGCAUCCAGGCGGCGCAGUCGGCCGCGCUCCCCGGCGCGGGCGCGCUCAUGCUGCCGCACGGCCACCUCGGCCACCACCAGCACCAGGGCUCGCCGCUCGGCUCGCCGCUCAGCCCCGGCGGCGGCGCCAGCCCCAGCCCGCCGCACUCCCCCGCGCACAGCCCCGCGCACUCGCCCGCGCACGGCAGCCCGCCGCACCCGCACCCCUUCCUGCUGCGCGGGCUGUACCGGCCCGAGCCGCACCUGAUGGUGCCGCCGCAGCUGCACCCGCACCUGCAGCCGCACCCGCACCUGCAACCGCACCUGCAGCCGCACCUGAUGCACCCCGCGCACCCCGGCGUGCACCACCCCGGCGCGGCGCAGCUGCAGCACCCGCACCUGGCCGGCGGCCCGCCCAAGGACUCGUACCCGCUGUACCCGUGGCUGCUGUCGCGCCACGGCCGCAUCUUCCCGCACCGUUUCCCCGGAGGUGAGUCUCUUCGCCGGCGUGCACUACUUGUCGUCCCCUCCCCCGAAUCCCGGAAGGCGCCGGAGCCGCCGGCGCGAGGGCCGCGUCGAGCCGGCCGCCAUGACGCGAUGCCAUCAGGCGGGGUCAAGGUGUGGUUCCAGAACAGGCGGACCAAGCACAAGCGCACGGAGCAGGAGGAGGAGGCCAAGAAGAAGACCGGCGGCGCGCCCCAGGGCGACUCGCAGGCCGCGGCCUCGUGGAAGGACGACGAGGACGAGCGCGCCGACAUGGCGGCCUCGCCGUCCUCGGCGCACCGCCCCGUCGACCUCAGCAGCCACGACGACAGCAGCGAGUCCGAGGCCUAGGUCGCGCGAUCCCCCAUCGUGACGACCCCCUACAGCUCAGCCAAAGAGACGGUGCGGUGUGUGACGCCGAGUGUGACACGACGUGUGACACCGGGUGUGACGGUGUGUAACUGUCGCCAACGACCUACGGUGGCACUCCCUUUUAUGUGACUGUGAUUUAGUGUGUAGAAUUUUUUAUAAAAUAUGAUAGAGUGGGAGAGAGAGAGAAAGAGUUGUUAUAUUAGUGUAUUUAUGCGCGGGGGCUCGUGAUACCGGGCCCUCCCAACUUCUCAUCUGCAAGUACAAAGCUGAGGACGGUCGGCAGAGAACAGAUCUCAUGUGUGCGGCGGCGUGCGCCCCCGGUCAUCGCAGACUAACCGGGACUGGGGGUAGGUUUCAAUGAAAUUGUACAGUUUAGGGGACACCCCUUCCCUACAUAUUUUAUUGGGUAAUUUUUGUUUGACAUGUUGUUUAAAUACUUGCCUACAGAGCAGUCUUUGAUGGUAUUGUAUAUAGAGUACGUCAACAGAUUGGGCACAAGUGGCUUUGUUUUAAAGCUGCUGCGCUGUGCUCUCUUUUUAUUUGUCCUGUAUUUAUUCCAUGACUGUGAAAUCUACCUGGAAACAAAAACCGCUAUAUUUUACAAAAACUGUGUCAUUGUCAGUUGUGAACAAACUAAAUGUCUUACCGCAAGUCGAGUCAUGUGCCAGAGUCCUUCGAAUACAUGUUGUUACCACGUUAAGAUGUCUAUUUAUGAGUGUUCGCUGAAAACAAUAAAUAUUUCAGUACAACAUAUCGAA